GGACCCGCCUGGGAGAGCCGGGGGAGGAGGCGGCCGCGGGGGCCGGCACCAGGUCUGGGAUUCGAUCUGCGGUCCCAUCGAGUGCUGGACCAGCGGCCGUCCGGGGCACCCUGGCCUGCGCGCGCCCGCGGCUCUGGGUCACCCCGGCCCCACGCGCCGGCGGCUGCGGGAGGGGGUGAGGGAGGAUCGGAGGGCGCGGGCGCCCUGUGUGCUGAGCAGGCGGGAGGCGGCCGGGGGCCGGGACGCCAUGUCCAUGGAGGACCCCUUCUUUGUGGUGAAAGGAGAGGUACAGAAAGCUGUCAACACUGCCCAGGGGUUGUUUCAGAGAUGGACAGAGCUCCUCCAGGACCCUUCCACGGCCACAAGGGAGGAAAUCGACUGGACCACCAACGAGCUGAGAAACAACCUCCGGAGCAUAGAGUGGGACCUAGAGGACCUGGAUGAAACCAUCAGCAUAGUUGAAGCAAAUCCUAGAAAAUUCAAUCUCGACGCAACUGAAUUGAGUAUAAGAAAAUCCUUCAUCACAAGUACUCGGCAAGUUGUCAGGGACAUGAAAGAUCAGAUGUCAACUUCAUCUGUGCAGGCAUUAGCUGAAAGAAAAAACAGACAGGCACUGCUGGGAGACAGCGGUGGCCAGAAGUGGAGCACAGGAACCCCGGAUAAAUACGGGCGCCUGGACCGGGAGCUCCAAUUAGCCAACUCCCACUUCAUCGAGGAGCAGCAGGCACAGCAGCAGCUGAUCGUGGAGCAGCAGGAUGAGCAGUUGGAGCUGGUCUCUGGCAGCAUCGGGGUGCUGAAGAACAUGUCCCAGCGCAUCGGAGGGGAGCUGGAGGAACAGGCAGUUAUGCUGGAUGAUUUCUCCCACGAGUUGGAGAGCACUCACUCUCGGCUGGACAAUGUGAUGAAGAAACUGGCAAAAGUAUCGCACAUGACCAGUGAUCGGCGCCAGUGGUGUGCCAUAGCCGUCCUCUUUGCCAUCCUGCUGGUCGUGCUGCUCCUUUUCUUGGUGCUGUGACGCACAGGAACCGGGAGGAGGACAAGCAGCCCGCGGUGCCGGCUCCCACCUGCCACUCCUGGGAACACAGCCCGCGCUGACUUUUCUCUGGGUGACCCCACCUUUGAGGCAGCUCCUCCGUCCAGUGCUGGAGGGGCCGGUGGGAAGAGGACCUAACGCUUCACACUCCUGGCGCCACCUGUCCUGUCCUGAGGACAGCUUGCCUCUGCUUUGCCUCCUGGACCUCGUUCCCCGUGGAGGGCCUCUGAGGAAUCCAGAACAGUUCGCAGACUCAGUAGUGUCCAGUGUUGCUCAUUGCGUCCGUCCGUCCGUCUCUGGCGGCUCUUUUCUCCUGCUCAGACCCUCUCCCUGCCCAGCCGGCAGCCAGAAGGACCCUGUCGGGAAUGGGGUCAUGGGUCCCCUCCGCUGCCCCUGAGAUCUGGUCAUUCUGGGGACAGAAGGCCCAGAAGCAGUUUGGGACAGAAAAUGCAGUGGUUCUUUUUGCAGGGAUGAUUGCUUUUCCAGGCACAUCUUUUUGUGGUAAGAACUAAUGGGAAAUAAUGAAAAGCACUGGGCUUUGGGAGUGCUAACAGCUUGUGUCUUGAAUUGAAGGGAGGAAGGGGAGGGAGCAGGACCCUGAGUGUGCACAGCUGAGGGAAGGGGGCAAGGUCAUGGGUGGUCACAGCCUGGCUGAAUUCAGGUGGCUGUCCUGCAGGCUCCUCCCCAGGGGUUCAACGUAUAUUUUUAGGAUGACCCUUAAACAUAUGGCUGCUGAGCAGCACACGAAUGGAUUUAGAUCCUGUGGCUCUCUCUCCCCCUUGGCAGAUGGGGUUGGGAAUGGUUAGCACAUUUAUUACAUUUAGUCAGAAACUGUAAUGACAAAAAAAGGCUAGUUCUGGACCAGGCUUUUCUAGCCCUGUGAGAAAUGGCAAAAAGGGGUAGGUGAACUGGUUGUUUUUUCCCUUCAGAUGACAACUUGAUUUUUAUCCUUUCAAAUCACUGAGCCAAUCCAAAUUUAAACAACAGAUGCUUCCAUUGAGUUUUAGUUGCUGAGACUCUAAACUUCAAGCUUCUGGUGACUCUGCGUCCAACGUGCCCAUGUCCAUAGGAUAUUUUUAUAACUCCCUGACGAAUAACCUAAUACUGAAGCAGCAGCUGAGCGAGGCAGCCUGGCAGCCCAAGCUGCAUCCUCACCGUCCUGUUUUGCACGUGGGAAGCGCAGUGACAUCAGAUAGAGUUCUAGCUUUGACUUCUCAUUUCCUAAUCUUUUGGCGUCCAUUCCUAACUUUUUCAAACUUUUUUUUCUCCUUUUGUUUGUUUUUCUUGGUUUUUGUUUUGUUUGGGGCUUUUAUUCCUCUUUUUUUUUUUUUUUGUGAUUUGCAAUGAUGUAUUUGCCCAGCUAACUUUUGAAUUGCACUUUUUAAUAAAUAUUUGUAACAAUUUUUUAAAGAAGGGUAUUUUCUCAUGUGUAGGAUGCUGGUAGAUAAGGCAGUCUGCAUGUUGAUGAAAGCUAAAAAUAGAUUUACAAAACUUAAAGGGUGGUUGACACCCAUGUUUACACUCAAUUCUAUUUGAUAUAAAAUGUUAAUUUCUUUUCAAAUGAGUAAAAAAAGGUAAUUGUUACAAAGGGCUUGAGAUGUAGGGUACUAGAUUAUUUGUUUUACAAAGUUUUGAGACAUUCAAAUAGUCUUCUAUAAACGUAGAAGAGGGAUGGUCCUUAGAUUUGCAUUAAAAUAUACAAGUCUUUUUAAAACUUUUUAAAAAUGUGGGCCUUGUCUUAGUGCUCUCAUCUACACUCUCCACCUUCCACCAAGGAACCGGAGUCUGAAUUACGUGACUGCCCUACUUAGGGGCCAUGCUGUUGUCCAGAUUUACCGUGUCGCGUGUGUCAGGAGGGCCUGCUGGGAACACGCCUGAUCAUUAAUGAGCAAGACAUUCCCCUGACUUCAGGGUCUAAGUUUUGAGAUCAUGAGGCUUAAUGACUCAAUGUUUGGAUAUAUUUAGAAUUGGCAUGCUGACCUCACCCACUUCAGGUGUCAGCUAAACAGUGGUUAUUGUAAAGCAGACUCACGGGCCGAAGCUGAAUAGAGAAAUAUUUGGAAAGAGAACAUUUACUGAAAAUAUAAGCACUAUGUAUGUUCUCCCUGUAGGCCACUGCCCUCCACCCACAACGGAGCUGUUCCUGGGCAGCCGGCCUCGUAGUGUGGCCUCAGAGCUGGCUCUGCCCCAGGCAUCACUCUGGCCUCACUAGUUUGAUCCUGGGUCUGAGCCUGUUGUGCCCGGACUGGGUGGUCCCUACAGACGAAUGGUCAAGCCCCCAACCCAGAUUCCAAACUAGCGCUCCAAGAGAGCAAGCCAGGCCCUAGCUGGGUUGGCUCAGUAGAUAGAGCGUUAGCCUGCGGACUGAAGGGUCCCGGAUUCAAUUCCAGUCAAGGGCACGUGCCCAGGUUGCGGGCUUGAUCCCCAGUAGUGGGCAUGCAAGAGGCACCUGAUCAAUGAUUCUCUCUCAUCAUUGAUGUUUCUAUCUCUCCCUCUCCCUUCCUCUCUGAAAUCAAUAAAAAUUAUACAGUAUAUGUGCCCUGAGUGGGAAUCGAACCCGGGACCUUUCAGUCUGCAGACUGAUGCUCUGUCUGUCCACUGAGCCAAACCAGCUAGGGCUGAAAUGAAUAAACAUUUAUUUAAAAAAAAAAAGAGAGAGAGAGAGAGAACAAGCCAGGGCUUAGGUUAUGGUUAGGCUAGACUCCCAUCCUGAGGCAGAGGUGGGCUCUCCUCCCUCAGGCUUCACGCUUCAUCCCAUGCCCAUCAUCUGGAGAACGGGCCGGAUGUGAUAGGUCACAGAGAGCUCAGUUUACGUUUAUGGGAAGAACAUCUUACUAAUCAGCUGGCUUGGGAGUGAACCACUGAGACAGUCCGUCGUGGUAGGAACCCAACUGCAAACUCAAGUCACGGUUAGUAUUCAGUCUAACCUUUGAUCUCAUCCUUGUGGGGACUGUGAACAGUCGUCGUGUUCCCUGUGUGCCACUGCGUGCUGCAGUUGUGUGUUACAUGAGCAUCUUCAUGCCAGAGCCCGAGGGGGAGAAACUUGGUAACUUGCCCAUCAUUCUCUGCUUUUAGCCAGAGUUAAACAGACUGAUGGGUCUGUGAGCCAACGGCUUGGCAACUUCCCCUCUUUCUCACCUCGUGAGAUUAAGGGCUGUGAAGAGAAAUCCGGUCUAACUCCAACCGAAAUCUGUCUGUUAAGUGCUGUACCUUCUGUAUGGGAAGGUAGCAGAGCCAGGAUUUUUCUUCUGGUAAUUUUCCUGGCUGUAAAGUGAGCCCGGUACCUUUCCAGAGAAUUCAUAGCUGGAAGAUCUAAGUGCUGAAUGAUAGAUAUGAGUUGCUUUCCAACUGUAGAUUUUGAACUGUUCAGCUUUCCCUUAUAAACUGCAGGACGAAUUUGUUAACAACACAACAUUCGGACCAUCUAGAAAGCUGAGGUUCUAACUACCUUUAAUUCUCCCUCUGUCUUCCUCUCGCUGGCAUUUCUUUUCCUCCCAGAUAUUUUUAAGAUUUUUUUUUCCCCUUAAAGAGUUUUCUUUGUCCAUCAAGAACAGAGAGGAGAAAGCAAAGGAUUCUCACAGCCCCUCAGUCCCUCUGCGCCUUCCCUAACCAAGGUCAGUUCUGCUCACUGGGAGACUGCUGUCAGGGUCCAGUCCAGAAAUCGAAAGAGUAGAGAACAGCCCUUCAGACUGGAACAGACUAGGCCAGCCCUGCUGUGACCCUCUGGGACUGAAGCCUGGUGCUGGGGUGGAAACUUCAAACCAGCUGACUUCUGGGGUUAGUGUCUCUAAGAGGCUCAGUGGACUUGACCACUUAGUUCAGUCUCCUUGUUUCAAAGAUGAAACAGUUACAGUUCCCCCAACAGACACAUGAGGGUCAUUUGGUGCGUUGCAUCUUGGACUUGGCCCAGGGGCCACACACCUGGGACGAGCUGACCUCGGCAAUGUGACUUAAGCUAGGCGGGUAGUAACUUGUCGUGUCACCCCAGCUGUUUGGUGUCGUUUGCCGUUGGACAAACACCGAAGCACCUCCGUCAUGUCACUGCCACCUACAUAUACAUUAUAUGGGAGGUCUUUAUGUCAUAGUGUCUUUACUGAUACAGAUAUUUGGGGAGGUGAGGAAGAAAGAAAAAGAACUUGUUUCCUUCUGAGAUAAACUCACACGUUGGUGCUGUUUUCCUUCUGACGUGACCUUUGCCCUUGCCCGAGGCUAUGCCAUGGAGCUGUGCCUAGAUGGCUCUGUGACCUGCCCCACUGCUUGGCUUUCACAUGGACAUUUCAUGGACCGGGUUUGCCAAUUGCAGCCAGACCCUCGUGAGAAAGUGUAUUUUACCGUUUCUUCUAGGUUGAGUUUUCAAACCUAGAAGCCACUUGAUUAUUCACAGGGUUUUGGAUUAAGACCACCCAGCAUCCUUAUUCUCUGACCAAAGCUCCCCCGGCCCCGGCAGCAGCCAGUGCUGCACUCCAGUUAAGCUUCCUGUUACCCCUGGGGUUGGGCCAAGUUCAAGGUGGCUCUUUCCUGCGCUGUAGAAAGUAGGGUUAGCUGAGACCCACUACUGAGUGGCAGUUUCGACUCUGCAAUUAAGGUCUGUUCUGGGAGAGGCAGACGUCCUCAUCCUCAGGAAAACAGAGUGCCCUGUCGUCUGUGCGGGUGAGGAGAGGCCAGCCAGGUGUCCUCGGGAAGGUGUCGCUAAUAAGUUAUCGGAACUGCUCGUAAAUGCCAUGUGACUGUGUCCUCACUGACCAGGCUGGGAGAAUGCCCAGGGUAAUAGCCAGAGAGAGCGAGCUGUAGAUGAUUAUGGAUUCAUUUUCUGUAAGUGAAAAUAUGCCUUCCCUAGCUCACUUGUUAUUAAAAAUUUGUGUAAUUUAAAAAUAGAAUGUAAUCCAUGGCAGUGCUCAGCAGGACUAAACCGUCUAUUUUUCUCGCAAGGAUAAAUAACCUGAUAGCAUUUUAAUGUUAAGUAACUAGAAGGUACAAACUAAAGUGAGAUCAAGGGUUAAAACUGAGAACACCUGGGUGACUUCCUCUGUCCCCGACCCCCACGGAGAGCACCGGAGCCCUGGUGCCAGAUGUUUACAGCCCUCGCUGCAGGGAGAGAGAGCUCGCUUCUCUCUCUACAGGGUGGGUCUCCAGGUGUGCUGUGGGACCAAGGAUGCAGCAUCCUCUGGAACUUGCUAGAAAUACAGGUGCGCAGGCCCCACCCUGACCUGCUGAAUCCCAGCCUGGGUGGGGCCAGCAGCCGCGUUUAGCAAGCCCCCCAGGAGGCUCGGGGCCCCACUCCCGCGUGAGAACCACCACUGCUGCAUUGGGAGGUCGGGCUACAGUGAACGCUCCCUGCAAAACAAAAUACCUUCCACAGCCUUCGUUGUAAUCCUAACAUUAAACAAGAUUUGACGACACUAUAAACUUGAAAAAUUUUUUAAAUACUUGUGUCAAAUAAAACCUCAACUAGCCAUCUUUUAAAGUGAUACUUUUACACCCCAAAGUCUAUCAGUAAUGUUUCUUUCUCCUGCACUUGAAAUCAUGUUAUAACUGUAUAAAGAAUGCUAUUCAGUAUUAAAAGGAAAUGGGGAGAACGUGA